AUCUGCAGUCUAGCAUAAGUCUGUUUGAACCUUAAUGAUGCUGACAUCAUCUCAAAAUACUGUGAGACUAUGACUGAGACUUUCUUUUUUCCUCUCCUCUCCUCCUUUUCUCCACAGACUGAAAGCAAUGACAUCUCUGCAGACGUAUCCCCUUUCUCUCCUGCUUGUUAUUGCAGUGCACUGUUCCAACUCACUUGAAGACAACAAGAUCCCCAGUUUAUGCACAGGCAGCCCAGGUAUCCCAGGAUCCCCUGGGUUGCAAGGCAGCCCUGGUCAGCCCGGCAGGGAUGGACGGGAUGGGCGUGAUACCCCGCCAGGAGAGAAUGGCGAAAAAGGGGAAAGAGGAGAGCCAGGUCAGUCAGGUAUAAGAGGUCUCACGGGAGACAGAGGGGAUCUAGGUGAAAAAGGAGAAAAAGGAACCCCAGGCGAAUGUGCAGUGGCACCCAAGUCGGCUUUUAGCGCCAAGCUCUCCGAGGCCCGAACAGCACCCAUGGCAGUAGGGGAAGCAGUACGCUUCGACAAGAUUGUGCUGAACGAGCAAGGGGAUUAUAAUCCUGAAACUGGACGUUUCACCUGCAGGGUGCCAGGUGUUUACUAUUUUGCAGUUCACGCCACAGUCUACCGCUCCAGCUUACAGUUUGACCUCAUAAAGAAAGGACAUACGGUGGCCUCCUACUUUCAGAUCUUCGGGAACUGGUCCAAACCAGCCUCACUGUCUGGAGGCACGCUUAUGCACUUGAUUCCAGGAGAUCAGGUUUGGGUGCAGAUGGCACUGACCGAGUACACAGGAUUUUACUCCAGUCCGAAGACUGACAGCACUUUCAAUGGUUUCCUAGUGUACUCGGACUGGAAAAACUCUGCUGUUUUUGCAUAAAUGUAAAGCACCUAGAUUUCUGAUAUCAUAGGCAGGACAAAGGCCUUCACUGGCCAGCAUUUGGCCUAUAUUAAAUCUCUCUUUUUACCAGUUAUUAAAAUCAAUUACGUUCAGCAUUGCAAGCAUAGCAAGUUUCCGUUCUAUGCAGGUUCAGUAAAAAUAAAAUACUAAAAUAAAAACUUUCCAAUAAUAACACAUAUUCACAUAUUUUCAUUUUUACUGUUUUUCUGGUUGGCGGUCUGUUUUGUGAAAAAGUGUAAUAAAAUACUUUUGAACAGUAGAAAGUAUGAGUUCAAUAAAAAAUUACACACCCAUAAUUACAGCAUUUGUCAUUAGCUAUUUUUUAAAGGGAAAAUCAUUUAUGCUGCAGUCACAGACCGGGAGCUGGCGUUUCAUGGUGCAUUUAAGGUAAAGAAUGAGGGAGUUAUAUCAGUAGUGUUUCAGAAUAUCGGACAGUACUGUGUAAAUGUGCAAAGACAUUGCAGCAGAGCAAAAUCUGUUUGGAAGCUUCUGUUUGUUUAGUAAGAGAGACAUUUUUGUCAUCAAGCCCAGUUAUUCAGGCCAAUAUGUAACUUCCUAUUUACAUAACACAGACACAGAGCUUCUCUCUUUUUCUUUCUCUUGCAUUUCUGUGUUUUUCUUUCAAAAAGUAAUUCCAAUAUUCCCCAGGCUGCUGGCAGAGGUAUACACGGAAUGUUUUUGCAAAAAAGUUGAGAAAAUUCUUAGGUACAUUUGUAUUCUCCCUUCGUGCAGCUCAUUUUCAUGAGAUCAUGGCCUAUCCCCACUCAGCUGGAGAACAGUGUAUUUCAACCAGACCGGACAGUCACAAGAAGUUCAGAGGCCUGAAUCCAAAUCCUGAAAUUUCGUUUUUUGAGCAAAUAUGUUUUGACAAAUAUAUCUAAUAUAGGAACAAAUUAGACGAAUGUCCAAGCAAAACAGUAUUCAACAGGUUGAACAAGAUAAUCUAUCUAUUUGCUAUAUAUAGUCAAACCAAAAAUGAUUUAGACACCACUUUUUGAUAUUUUUUAAUAGUGGGUGCAAGACACUGUCGUUUAUGUAGUUUAUUAAGUAAGGAUAGCAAAAUAAAGUAAACUGUGACAUACACCCAUAAAUUCUUUAAACUACCAGUAAAAUUGAUAAGCAUUCGGGACCAAAUUAUUCAGACAAUUAUUCAUGUGUUUUGUUUAAGUGUUUUUUCUUUAAUUGCUGAUGCCACAUUUUUACACCACAGACUGAACAAAAUUAAGCCUUGCUUGGUAAUUGGUUGCCCUAAAUUGGUAUUAUCUAAUUGUGUACUUAAAUUUAACAACUGACAGCUAUUCAACCUAAUCCAUUACAUACCUUUCUAUCGAAAUGAUCUGACAUUAUCAUGAUAAAUUUGUUCUGACAGAAAUAUAUAUUUUUUGUCUUAAUAAUUUUUGGUUUGACUGUACAUACAAGGAUACAGAAUGAUUACAUGGUAUUUGAAUGCUACCCUAAGGUACUGAAAAGAAUACCAAUGUCUAAUUCACUAAACAUGUGAUACGUUUUAAAUAUUUUGUGAGUGUCCAUAACUAUUUAAAAAA